UCCUGAGCGACAUGACUCAGCGCUGCGUCUCAGGGGUUUUCCCAACAGCUCUCUCUGGACACGUUCACUGGGUUUGGACUGAGGGGCCUGAGGAGGAGACCUGAGGUCAGAGGCCAGAGGCAGCGCUGCGCCAUCUGUGUUGGUGAGUCUCGAUUCCUGCAUCAUCACUGAUGGGGUGAAACGCAACAUGAAUGAAAUGGCGUAGGUUGUUUGGACACAUUGCAGAGCUGAAUAGGUGCAUCAUCAACUCACAUCUCAACAUUUCCUGGGUGUCCCUGCUGUACGGAGCAGCUCUGGUGUGGUUCCACAGACCUCCUCCUCCACUACCUCUGAGCUGUAAAAAGAAGAAUUGGGUUUCUCUGAAUCAACUGUCUGGUCUGUGAGCGUUAUAGAACGUUAAUAACAACCCCGGUCAUUAGACGGAGUCCUGCAGCAGUUGUGAAGUCUACGCGAUGGAUGUUGUCUGGUGUCAUCGUCACUUGACAUUUUCUGUAUUGUUGGAGUCAAUGUUUUGCUGCAGAGCAAACUACGGUGCAAUCAGACCCUUCAGCGAUGGAACACGAUGAUGGUAGGAAUUUGCUUGUACUUCUCACUGUUGAAAACAUCGUUCAUUCUAACCACAAUUCAACAACCUUUGACCUUUGACCCAAAGGGUUCUGAGAUCCUUGUACUGCCGGAUGUCAUAGACUUUAAAGAUAAGUCAGUACAAACUUUUCAGCAGCUGUAGUAGUAGUAGUAGUAGUAGUAGUGCAGUAACAUUUCUAAAUACAGUAAGUAUCUAAAUACAGUAACAAGUAUCUCAGUACACUGACUAUAAGACAUUCAGUGUUGACACUGUCAGUUAGCAUCACCACUCAUCUGGAUUACAGACAAAUAUAUUUCAUGUUGCCUGUCAAUCACAAACUGGUUCCCACCACUUUUUUCAGAGUUGAGGUUUUACUGUAAAUACCACAGAGGAGGAAGACAACGAGUGGCUCUGAGGUGAGAUAGAAAAGUGUGGUGGUGAUUGUAGAUGAGCCAUCGACCAGUGGAGAUGUUCUGUCCUACGCUCCACCUUCUUAACGGUCAAGAGCUUCAUGAAAGAGAGAGAUUUGAAGGAGGACUCACAGCUGACAGAGAUAGACAAGCCGAGGAGGCAGAGACAGAUAUCGGGGAGGAAUGGUGGCGAGAAGAAGCAGUUUGUGAGGCCUGACUGGAACUGACUGUUAGCUGAGGGAGGACAGAAAAAUUAAAAAAGUUAUAUAGAAUUUAAAAACAAAAUCAGAAAAACUGUUGACCAUAUCAAAGGCCUAGAUGGCUGUUACACAGGCUGUGCUCCCUUCAUUCAGCUCCUUCUCCAGCAUCACUCCAUCCACUGACAGCAUGAAGGCGUGGAAGACUGAGGGCAGUUCUCUGCCUCUGGACGGUCUCGCUACCAAACUGCCACCAGGCGGCAGCAGUGAGCAGCAGCAGGUGUCUCAGCAAAUGACAGAAGAGAUCCUCAAUGAUGACAGCAGAGCAUCAUGGGACAUUGAGUUUCUGCUGUCUGAAUGGAGCGACCCUUCAUCUGACUUGAACCCCUCCCUGGAGAACACUGAUCAGAGGAUCCCACAGCUGGAGCCCAGCUCAUCGUACCACCUGGAGGCGAGUGCGUUAAAGGAACCUUCAGCUGAGGAGUGUCUGCAGGUGAGCAGUGGACUCCUGGUGUCGGAGCUCCUGCCUCCUGCUCAGACCACACCAGUGCAGCAAGAGCUGUACCAGUGGGGUUUUCAUGACAACCAAAAAGGUCAAAGUGCAUUUCCUGGUAGUUCAACCAUUGAUCGAUUUGGAUUUCAACAAAUCAGCACAGGAAACCACAGUAAGGUCACGCCCUGGGACUACAACUCCUACUACACGCAGCAACAUCCAUCCAUGCUGACCUUCCAUGACUCCAGGUUCAUCCAAACUCAGGCUCUGACCCCUGACCUCCGACACUACACCUAUAUGACCAACUUCAACAACAACGCCAACGUUUUCUGUGACAACAGCCAAAUCAAUGGUCAGCUGCCCCUUUACCAGCAGCCUGUGCUCAUUCGGACUCAGCUGCCCCCUGCUGGAAUGGAGGGGAAGCGUGGGCGCAGGGCCACGGGAAAAAAGAGGCCGGCCAUCCACAGCUGUGAGUAUCCAGGCUGCAGCAAGACCUACACUAAGAGCUCGCACCUCAAGGCUCACCUCCGGACCCACACAGGAGAAAAGCCGUACCACUGUCCUUGGGAAGGCUGCAACUGGAAAUUCGCUCGCUCGGAUGAGCUGACGCGACACUAUCGCAAACACACGGGACAAAAACCCUACGAGUGUCUGCUGUGUCAGAGAGCGUUUUCCCGCUCUGACCAUCUGGCUCUUCACAUGAAGAGACACAACUAAAGCACACACACUCACACACACACUUACAUACUCACACCUGGACACAUUCUCAAAUUUAUGCAGCAAAUAUUGUUAUUUGGUACUGCACUCCAAAGACCCCUUCCCAUUAAAUAGGACCUUAGAACCAACACCUUGUUGUUGAAGGUCAGGAAUGAUCUAAAAAUGAUAAAAUCAGACAAUAUGUUAUUUGUUAUGUCAGUAUUCACUUUGUAUUUUACCAGUUCCUCUACCGGUUCUUGUGCUAGUGGUCAGGAUGGAUGGAAAUCUUUAACAGUUAACAAAAAAACCAGUAGGUGUCAGCAAAUACACAGAAAGCCAUUAACACCCAGACGAAGAUAAAACUAAAAGCUGGAGGAAAGAGCGGUGGGGAUGUUGAGGGGAAGUAGCUCAGUACUGAUGUUGGUCGUGAAUCUCUAAACCAUUCUAGUAAUUUCUGAAUCAUUUUCUUGUUAAAUUGCAGUUCUGAGGAAACAUUUCUGCCGAUAUUUAUUUUUACAGUCCAAAUCAACCAGUAUGACACGCCUUCAGAACAUUAUAGCUUUUCUGGCCAUAAAAGCUGACCAUGAGUCUUAAAAAAAUAAAUGAAGAAACACUUAAAUAUGCAAAUACUCUUUCUGGUUAUUGUCAAAGGAUCCAGUGUGAUUUAUAUUCAAAUACAUUAGCGUCUGUCCAGACUGCAGCAGGAGUUAAAAAAGUCAAGAGUUUGGCUACAGGAAUGUGGCUAAAAGUCAAUUAAAACAUUAUCCAACAAAUGUGAACCAGAAACAGUUACAAAAAUGUAGUUCUCCUACAUGUAUAAAGUGUUAUAGGAACACUGUAGACAGCAGAUCUGAACA